AUGAACCCCUACGCCAACCGCCCCUACGCGGGCUGCGAGGGUGGCUACUGCCCCUCCGGCGACCCGGCCCUUGAGGCGUCGCUGUACAGGGCGGUCGCCGCCGGGGACGUCCCGGAGGUGCAGCGGCUGCUAGAGAACCCUGGCCUCAACACCAGCCGCAAUGUGGUGCCAGACGAGCACGGCUUUGUGCGAGUCAAGGACGCCGCCGUGUGGAUCGCCGCCAAGAAGGGGCAGCUGGGGGUUAUGAAGGCUCUGCUCGACAAGGGUUACGACGCUGACUACGAGGAGGGACAUGUGGUUGACCUUGCAGCCGCCAACGGCGACACUGCCAUGCUUGAGCUCCUGCUGAAGAGAGGUUUCGCCAUUGGCUCGAGCGCGCUGGCCUACGCGGCCAAGAACCAGAACGCCGAUAUGAUGAAGGCCCUCCUUGAGGCUGCUCGUAACAAGGCCAAGGGGCAACCCCCAGACCUGAAGUCAGCGAUGCAGGCUGCCUGCGCCGUUGGCAAUCAGACCGUGCUGCGGCUGCUGGUCGAGGAGGGCGCGUUCAAGGAGAUCCGCCACCCCGUCUCCAACCGCCCCACUGUGCACGACUGGCGAGGCGACUACGUGUCUGAGGCGGUGUCCACGGGCCACCCCUUGGUGCUUGAGCUGCUGUUCUCCAGCGGCUACACCGUCACCUGGCAGAACGCUCAGGAGCUGAUUAAGCUUGCCUCAUCAGUGGGUGUGGUGGACUCCCUACGCCAUCUGCUGGAGCAGCCGACAGUGCAGGAGGACGAGGAGGAGCUGGAGGAAGCUGUGGAGAACGCCCUCAAGGUCGCGGCCGAGGAGGGAAAAGCCGAAAUCGUCGACUUCAUCCUCGACACGUACCCAGCCCUGGCCAAAGACCCCUGCCCAGCAGCGCUCAUCAAGGCUACCAU